AUGGCAGACUGGAAAGCACUCAAUGCUACUGUGGGCGGGAGACUACACACCGCCAAACCAUUGGCUGAACCGUGCUAUUCCACGUACCAAGACUUCUCUGGAGAGUUUGCAGUUGAUGACAAGGCAGCUUGUUCUACCACCGAAGCAAACUAUUUGAACUCGUCUUUUCAUGCAAACCAGCUUGGUGGCUAUCUAAACACAAACUGGGCAACGUGCCAAGCCACCGGUCACGGGUGCGGUCUGAACUUUAGCGAUCCUAUGCAGUCUGUCUCGUCUUCAUCUAUCUGUUUUCAGGGCAGCGUCUCCGACCACUAUAUCAAUGUGAGCGACGUGUCUCAUGUUCAAGCUGGUCUUUUAUUUGCCAGGAAGCAUCAUGUGCCCCUGAUUGUCAAGAACACAGGCCAUGAUUACAAGGGGCGUAGCUCGGGGCCUGGUACGCUUGCGCUGUGGACACACAACGUCCAGCCAGAGAUCAAGCUCUCUGCCAAUUUCACACCCGCUGGUUGUCACGUUGGUGCAGGCAAGGCCGUAACCUACGGAGCGGGCCAGCAAUGGGGAGGAUUGUAUAAAUUUGCCGAAGCAAACGACAUCUUUCUUGUCGGUGGUUCAGAUCUCACAGUCGGCGCCGCAGGUGGAUGGAUUCUGGGCGGAGGACAUGGCUUCCUCUCGCCAAAGUUUGGCCUAGGUGUUGACAACACUCUUGAGAUGAAGGUUGUGCUGCCAAAUGGCACGUACGUAACCGCCAGCCGAUGCCAUAACCAGGAUCUUUUCUUUGCUCUCAGAGGAGGCGGCGGAAGCACCUUUGGUGUGGUAUGGGAGGUCACCAGCAGAGCUUGGGAUACACGCGAGGUUCAGGUCGUAAACGUUCUCUUUUCUGCAGCAAGUAUCAGCGCAUACAACGCCUUCUUCGACCUUGCCACACAAAAUGCCAACAAAUGGGCCUCUGAAGGUUGGGGCGGAAGCAUCUAUGGCGGCGGCGGUGGCCGCACCGUCAUCGGAUUCCAGGUGUACAACAUGGCACUAUCUCUGGACGAUGCCAAAGCUUCUAUGCAGUCGCUUUUCGACUUUUUCGCAUCUUCAAACAACAGUGCUCAGGUGAUAGAAGCCGACAUUACUACAUUGAUUCCCAGUGAUCUGCUCGCCGAAUCAGCAGGGCAAAAGGCCGUCGCUGCUGCCAUUGCGCAAAUGUCGAAUGACUUGACGUUCCCGACCAGUGCCUCGCAGACAGAUCCGCUGAGCGUAAACUAUACAGCACCGAUACAGAUUCUCAUGACAGCUCCGUAUGGAUACAAGCCCGUGUCGCCGGGAGAAAGCUUCGCAGAUAGCUCAGUCACCCCUGCCUGGAGAAAGUCUACUUGGCAUGUUAUUAUGAUUCAAACCUUUGCAUCUCAGGCUGACAAGGCGACAAUUUCAACGGCUUUUUCGGCCGUCCAUGCCGCUGGUGACAAACUACGUGCCCUAACACCGAAUAGCGGAGCGUACCAAAAUGAAGCCGAUGUCUUUGAGACAGACCCAGUUGGAGCUUAUUGGGGCAAAGAGAACUACAACAAACUCAAGGCGAUUAAACACGCGAUUGAUCCUGAUAAUAUCCUGACUUGUUGGGACUGUAUUGGGUCAGUUCGUACGGAUAACAGAUACCAAUGUUAUCCAGAUGUUGCCGGGCCAUCCAACAGGAAUUCUGCUUAG